AUGACAAGGCCUUCUUCAUGUAUUUCAGAUGCAGACCAAUGUGAGAGAUGCCCAGAAGAUCAUUAUUCCAAUGAAGAAAAAGACCGGUGCCUUCCCAAAAAGUUUAGCUAUUUAUCCUUUGAUGAACCCUUGGGAGUCACUCUGACUUCCUUGAUUUUUUUCUUUUCUGCAACACUCAUUUUAGUGGCAGUGACCUUCUUUCUGCACUGGGACACCCCCAUUGUCAAAGCCAACAACAGGAACAUCACAUGCAUCCUUCUCUCCUCUCUUCUUCUUUGCUUUCUGUGCCCCUUGCUCUUUAUUGGUUGGCCUGGGGAAGUGACUUGUAUUCUCAGGCAAACUCUGUUUGGCACCAUUUUCUCCAUCUCUGUUUCCUGCAUCUUGGCCAAAACCAUCAUUGUUGUUCUGGCCUUCCUGGCCACCAAGCCAGGAAAUCAGAUGAGGAAGUGGGUAGGGAAAAAACUGGCCGGAUCUGUCAUUGCCCUCUGCUCCUUCAUUCAAGCUGUUAUCUGUGUAGUGUGGCUGAUGUCAUUUCCUCCCUUCCCAGAGUUGGACAUGCAUUCCCUGACUGAUGAGAUCAUUGUGCAAUGUAAUGAAGGCUCAGAUCUAAUGUUUUAUAUUGUCCUGAGCUACCUUGGUCUGCUGGCCACCAUCAGUUUCACUGUGGCUUUCUUUGCUCGAAAAUUGCCUGAUACUUUCAAUGAAGCCAAGCUGAUCACCUUCAGCAUGCUUAUGUUUUGUAGCAUUUGGGUGUCCUUCAUUCCAGCCUAUCUGAGCACCAAAGGGAAAUACAUGGUGGCUGUGGAGAUCUUCUCCAUUUUGGCUUCUACUGCAGGUCUCCUGGGCUGCAUCUUUCUUCCCAAGUGCUGCAUCAUACUCUUAAACCCACAUUUGAACACAAAAGAACAUCUGACCAGGAGGGUAUCUUAA